AUGGAGGACGAAAAGGUCGUCCCCACGGUGCAGGAGCUUGCGGGCUUUGACCUGAACGACCCUACAAUCAUCGAGCUCAUCCACCAAGCGCAGGAAAGCGAUGCAGCUGACCGGGCUCUCACAAUUAUGCAGGCUCUGAAGAAAUACAAGAAAGCCGUCUUCUGGGCUAUGUUUUUGUCUACCAGUUUGAUCAUGGAGGGUUAUGAUCUAGUCAUUAUCAAUUCCUUCUACGGUCAGACGCAGUUCCAAAAUCGGUUUGGAGUGUACAAUGCAGACCAAGGCCAUAAUAUCAUCCCUGCACCAUGGCAAUCUGGCUUGUCCAAUUCCGCUCUUGUCGGCCAGCUGGCGGGACUUCUCAUCAAUGCGUACACUCAAGACCGAUUUGGUUGCCGACCAACAAUGAUGGCGUUCAUGGCCUGGUUGGCGAUCGUGAUUUUCAUCCCAUUCUUUGCGCCGUCUCUAAACGUCUUGGCCUUUGGUGAAGCAAUGUGUGGUAUUCCCUGGGGUGUUUUCCAGACCCUCUCCACGACAUAUGCUUGCGAGGUCGUUCCUACUAUCCUCAGAUCAUACGUUACAGCAUAUGUGUGCAUGUGCUGGGGUGCGGGUAUCCUGCUCUCCUCCGGCGUCGUCCGCGCCGUGGUGAGCGUUCAUGGUGAUCUCGGGUGGAGACUUCCUUUUGCACUUCAAUGGGUCUGGCCAGUUCCUCUCUUUAUUGGCGCUUACCUUGCCCCUGAAUCUCCAUGGAAUGCUGUCAGACGCAACAAGAUCGACCAGGCGAGAAACAGUCUCAUGCGCCUUCGUCAAGGCACCCCGGACAAGGUCCGCGAGGUAGAAGCUACAUUGGCAUAUAUCAGGCACACAACCGCAAUCGAAAAGGCCGAGACCGCUGGUGCCAGUUUCUGGGAGUGCUUCCGGGGCACCAAUCUGCGCCGAACAGAAAUUAAUUGCGUUGUCUGGGCUGCACAAAUCCUUUGCGGUAACGCCAUUCUCGGAUACUCGGUCGUCUUUCUCGAACGCGCUGGCUUCUCUGAAGUCCAAGCAUUCGACAUCAACAUCUCUCUCUCCGCAUGCUAUAUCAUUGGCGGCUUGAUUUGCUGGGCCCUAUUCCCUCACUUUGGCCGCUCAACUAUCUAUAUGGUUGGCCUGCUUCUCAUGUUAUUCAUCCUCGUAGCAAUCGGUGGUCUCGGUUUCACUGAGGGAAAGAGCGUUCAGCUCGCGGUUGGGAUUCUCCUGGUCAUCUCCACGCUUAUUAAUAUGAUCACCAUCGGACCUGUCUGCUAUCCAAUCGUUGCGGAGACGCCAUCCGGAAGAUUGAGAUACAAGACGAUUGUCAUCGGCAGAUUCGUUUACAAUCUCACCGGAAUCUUCAGCAAUUCCGUUACCCCUCGCAUGAUUUCUCCGACGGCCUGGAACUGGGGUGCCAAAACUGGUCUCUUCUACGCUGGCACCAACCUGCUUUGCCUCAUCUGGUGCUGGUUCCGACUUCCUGAGACCAAAGACCGCACAUUUGGCGAGAUCGACUUGCUCUUCGACAACCACGUCUCGGCUAGGAAGUUCAAACAUACUAGAGUUGAUCAAUUUGCUCAUCAGAACGAAUAUUCGGCGAAGACUGAGGAGGGUGUCGAACAUUUGGAAGCAUCUACUCCUUCUAAAGAGUAA